UAAUGUUAUAGUCAAUAAAUCUGGGCCAAUAUUUCUGUAUUCAGUACCAUAACAGUAAUUUAACCUGCCCCAUUGUCUGCUGGGAACUUUGUCUGUCCUCAGUGUGUCGGAUUGUGAAACUGGAUUUUAAGGGAUUGUGUGUGUGUGUGUGUGUGUGUGUGUGUGUGUGGAAAAGGUAUAAAACCUUCUGCCAUCUUUUGAAUCCAUUUGUAAAAGAAAAGUGUUUCCAAAAUUCUUGCAUUUCUCUGUUUGCAUGGUUUAGUAACGCGAUAGUAAAUUGGAAUGUCAGUCAAACUGACUAAAACAAGGCGUAGAGAGAUCUUGUAACACCUUUGAGACUAACUGAAAGAAAGAAAAAUUGGCAGCAGUUGAUGUCGAAAUGUACAAGGCAUAAUGUGUUCCCCCACACAAACAAACAAACAAAGAAAACAGUGUAUGUUUUACUCUAGUAGAUUUUGAAAUAACGUAAGUGGAAUUUACAGGCCAUUUCGACUUUGAAUCCAGUGCCAUUUACCCCGGUAUGUGUCAGAUUGUUUUCCUUUUUUUAAAAAAAACAUGCUUAAAAAUACUACAAAUAUGUUAAAGUUACUACUAUACUACUCUGAAGUUCAGUGGUUUUGAGGGCUGAAUUGCAGCAACCUAACUUUGGCCAGUGUUGGAGACCGGCACUGAAUCCCCUUGAAGAGUUGCAGGGUUGGAGCCACAGGAUCCAUUUAUCAGCUUCAACAGUUUCCCAUAAGCUCUUAAGGAGAAGUCACUAGUUUUUUGUGUGAAAAUUGAUGGUAUGAUACGGUCCUUUGGGAGAACGCUGGCAAGUAAGCAAAUUAAACUGAAAGAGAGCAGCAUGUUGUCAUAGCAACAGGGCAAUUAAAUUAUGUUGUCAGCCAUGAUAUAAUUUUCCUAUUUAAAAGCUUGCUCAUGGGACAUGAGUUCUGUUUGUACUGAACUCAUUUGGCUACAGUGCUCCCCGUUGAAAGGAGAGAGGAAAUAAUGUUGUACAAAAUGCAUGUAUCAUUCAGGAGUCUCUUCUCCAUAUCUCCCCAACUAAAGCAUCUAACCCUUCCCCCCACGUCUUUCUCUUUAAUCCCGCUCCUCGUCGUGAAAAUUUCCUGAAGUAACUUCUCUUUACAUUUUAAUUAUGAAAUACAAUUUAGAUAUCCAUAGGGAGUUGAUAAAGCCACAUGGAGCAGUGGGGAUAUGAUAGAAUCGCUGUGGUGUUUCCAAACCACUUUAUUUAAAGCGACAGUGGGAAUGGGGCUGACAGUAAAGCAUUGGGGCUUCCAACCAUUGAAUUUUCAACUGUUAGAAAGAAACCUCUAAAAGGAUACAAUUUGGCUUUCAUUUAUUUACCUUGGUUUUACAGUUUUCCAUAUCCUUUCCCCUUGUGUUUAGUACUGAACUGAAACAACUGCAUUGUAUACCCCUCUGCAACAGAGAUUUUUCAUCUUCUGCCACAGUAAUGUCCAUUUUUAUCCAGCUUUUAUCCCAGGGUUUUAUCUACCUCCAUCGGUGAUCUUUUAUGUGAUUACAGCUCUUCUUGGUUGUUAUUAAGUAUCUCCUUGAUGGUAUCAAGUCCCUUAGGAGGUUUUAUGUUCAGUGGGCUGUGUUCUUAAAAAAUAAUAAUGGAGUAUGUUAAAGUUAGUGGCUCUGGUAAUCACUUUUCCUCCCAGUACAGUAUUGUGGUAUGUGUUUGCUUCAUUGCUUUAAAAAAAAGUUUUAUUUUAAAAAUGCCUUUUCUUUUGAAACACAAUAAAACCUUCCUCUUCCUUUGGGUAUAUUUUUGCUGAAUUGUAUACCACACUUCCUGUUAACUCUUUUUGCAGCUUUGUCAGCAUGAGUGCAUCAUGUUGAUACAGUUAGUAUAAGGCAAACUUUCAAGUUGCCCAGAACUCGUAAUCCUAUAGUUUAUCUGCUCUUAAACGAAUAAAAAAGAUCACUAGAGAUGUACUUGGGUCCAAAACACAAUGCAGAAAUAAUCCAGUUUGAGACUGUUUUAACUGCCCUGGCUCAUUGCUAGAGAAUUCUGUCACAGAACUCUGAUGCCAUGAUAAAUUACAAUACCCAGGAUUCCCUAGCACUGAGGCAGGGCAGUUAAAGUGGUCUCAAACUGGAUUAUUUCUGCAGUGUAUUUUGGACCAAACUCUUUUCUUUAAGAGUCAAAUGAUUUAUCUUUGCCCUUUGGUAGGAGAAUUAACUGUUGUGGGUCAGUUUGUUAUUGAAGGGGAAACAUUGUGUAAAGUUGAUAUAGUUUUUGACUGGUUAAUAUUAUGAGUUGAAUUCAGGCUUAAUGUUCACUGGAAGAGUGUUGGCUAACAGAUGCUUGCUGUGGCACAAUGAUGCUUUAAUUGUAAUAAAAAAAAUAAUCCACACAACUGCCUUUGUUCUGCAUAUAUCUGACCCCUUUUGUACAUGUUAUCUGUACUUUUCUGGUUUUGGAUUUUGAAAACAUUAUUUUGGAAUAAUUAAAAUGUAAUGUACGCUUGACUUCUUUGUUUUGUUUUUUGCAUAGUCUUCUGUGGGGCCCAAUAUAGCAACAACAGUCUCUACUGAUUGGUAUAUGAUGUCACUCUUCAUGCUUUCUUCUAAGUCAUGCUUAUCACAUUCAUUGCUCGCUCUCAUUUCAGUAAAAUGGACAUCACUGGGGUGGAAUCUCCUCCUUCCCCUUAUUUUUUUUUUUGAAUGUCCUCUGUCUGCAAUUUUGUAUUUGAAUCUCUAGAUCCUGAUUCUGAAGCCAGGAUAUAGAAUCUUCUCUUGGAGGCAAAAAGAACUAGUAGCUGUAAAGAGUGAUUGCUUAGUUGUAAGUGUGUGUGUAAACAUGGAGUUUUGCCUGCUUGCGCAUUCAGCCAGAGCCAGGGAGGCUAUAAUUAUAAUGUGGCUGUGUUCGAACUGGAAGUGAAACAGCUGAACUUAAUCUGAAGCAACUGGUCUUAAGCUCUCAAUUUUUUGUGCUUAUUACAAGCUGUAGGAAUGACAAGGCCAGCAAAACUAACUAUCCUUCAAACCUCUCUGCAUGCUUCCUGAGAAGAGCCUCAGUCUAAAUGGGUCCAGUUAUGCCUCCCAGUAAGAAGCCAGAGGGCUCAGGAAUUAGUGUUUCCAGUGGACUGAGCCAAUGUUACCGGGAUAGUGACUUAUCAAAGGCACUUCAUGAUGAUGAGGACUUAGACUUUUCAUUGCCUGCUCUCCGGUUGGAAAAGGGUCCCAUGGAGGAUGAAGAACUAACCAAUUUGAAUUGGCUGCAUGAGAGCAAGAACUUGCUGAAAAGUUUUGGUGACUCAGUCUUAAGAAGUGUUAGCCCAGUGCAGGAUAUUGAUGAUGACACCCCUCCGUCUCCUGCUCAUGCCGAUAUGCCCUACGAUGCCAAGCAAAAUCCCAACUGCAAACCACCAUAUUCCUUUAGUUGCCUCAUAUUUAUGGCCAUUGAAGACUCUCCAACCAAGCGACUGCCUGUAAAGGAUAUAUACAACUGGAUUUUGGAACACUUCCCUUAUUUUGCAAAUGCCCCUACUGGAUGGAAAAACUCUGUGAGGCAUAAUCUGUCAUUGAAUAAGUGUUUUAAGAAGGUGGACAAAGACAGAAGUCAGAGUAUUGGGAAGGGGUCUUUAUGGUGUAUAGACCCAGAAUACAGACAAAAUCUUAUCCAGGCUUUGAAAAAGACUCCCUAUCACCCAUAUUCACAUGUCUUCAGCACACCCCCAGCAUCUCCUCAGGCAUAUCAAAGCACAUCAGGUCCACCCAUUUGGCCCGGAAGCACCUUUUUCAAGAGAAAUGGAGCUCUUCUGCAAGAUCCUGACAUUGAUGCUGCCACUGCCAUGAUGCUUUUGAAUACUCCCCCUGAGAUACAAGCAGGUUUUCCCCCAGGAGUGAUACAAAAUGGAGCUCGUAUUCUGAGUAGAGGAAUCUUCCCUGGAGUUAGACCACUGCCAAUAAACCCUAUUGGAAGCAUGGCUGCUGCAGUAAGGAAUGGAAUAGCAAACUGCCGGAUGCGGACAGACAGUGAACAGUCAUGCGGCUCUCCUGUAGUUAGCGGUGAUCCAAAGGAGGACCACAACUAUAGCAGUGCCAAAUCUUCCAACCACAGGAGCACAUCACCCACCAGUGACUCCAUUUCUUCUUCCUCUGCUGAUGACCAUUACGAAUUUGCUACAAAAGGCAGCCGGGACAGUAGCGAGGGCAGUGAGGUUAGCUUCCGUAGCCACGAGAGCCAUAGUGAAGCAGAGGAGGAGGACAAAAGGCAAAACCGAAAAGAGACCAAGGAUUCUUUAGCUGACAGUGGGUAUGCCUCUCAGCACAAGAAACGGCAGCAUUUGUUGAAGGCAAAAAAAGUACCAAGUGACACACUGCCUCUUAAAAAGAGACGUACAGAGAAACCCCCUGAGAGUGACGAUGAGGAAAUGAAAGAAGCAGCUGGGUCACUCCUUCAUUUAGCAGGAAUUCGGUCUUGUUUGAAUAACAUCACCAAUCGGACGGCGAAGGGGCAGAAAGAGCAAAAGGACACCACAAAAAAUGAGAACAAAUCCAUUGAUUGAACUUACAAACAAUUUUGUUUCAGCACGUCAGGUGAAUUCUAAUGAUUUGUGGCAAUAUCAACAAAUAUAUUCUUUGUUCAGUUUUUUUUCCUUUUCCCUCUUUCUCUCUCUCUUUUGUGUUUGUUUCUUUGCGGAUCCCUUAAGAUGCUUUUUUUUUUUGUUAUUUUUAAAGGAGAUUGAAGCCAUAGAACUCAUACUGAUACUCAACUAAUUUUAAAAAAGCUUUUCAUUACAUAAAGACAAAAAAAAAAAAAAAGAAAAGAAAAGAAAGUAAAAGCCAAAUUUUGCCAUUGCUUUCUCCAGCUUUGUCAAAAAUAUAUGGUGGAAUAUGCUCCAAUGUCACCAACCAAUAUGAAAUGAACAAAAUUUGGCACUUGAAAAUCUUUUAAACCUAGAAGAAAUUGGAUAAUUUAUAAAUUGUUCAGGCUAGGCUCUUAAAUUUAAUUUAAGGCCAUAUAAUUGGAUUUAUGUGUGAAAUUGUCUAGAAUUUUGGGAGAAGUCGGAGGCCAAGACAUUGUCUUCAGAAUCAAGGAUCAUAUACUGGCAUUCGCUUGCAGUUGUGCCAUAGAAAUCUUGAAAGAGCCACUAUAGACAGCUGCUCAUACAGUAAUGAACUGCUAGUGCUUCAUGUACUGUAUAUGGCUUAUAAUGUGAAGACUUAAUAACUUUUAAAUUAUGGAAAACUGAACUGUGUAUGCAAUGAGUUUCAGUGAAAUAAGGAGAAAGGGGUGGAGGGGUAGGGUUUAGUGAUAUUCUUUAAUCAAUUAACUGUCUUCUAUAUUUAAAUUAAAAGAAUGUUUUUUCAAAAGCCAUAAGCCUGAAGAUUGGCACUGCCUGCAAAAAUAUUAUGGGAAAACAAGCUAUGAGUUCUUAACUGCCUGAGUGAAAAGCAAUCAAGUCUAAAGAAAAUUAUGAGUAGAUAUUUAAGGAGGUUCAAAAUGAAGAAAUCUUUUGUAUAGAUCACAAAUAUUUGAUCUCACUAGAGGGGAAAACAUGCUACAAAACCUGCCACUAGUAUUAUAUACUUUUUUUUCCUUUCAAAAAACAAAUCCAUGUUGGUUGGGCAAAACGAUAAAGUAAUAUUUCAUAGAGCUCUGUAAUGUGCUCCUAAAAUGGUAUACCCAGUUAAUGUCAGAAUUCAUCUCUGCAAAAAAUGACAAUAUAUUUCCAGUUGUAACCACUGUAGCAAACUCUGAUCCACAUUGCAUGGAUUCCUUUCUGGGAGGGGCUUGGGAGUAAAAAAUAAAAACCCCUUUUUUAAUUCAAAGAUAACAAAAGUUCUUGUAAGGUAAAUAAUGUAUUUAGCAUGAAGCAUGAAUUAUUUUCAUAUAAAUAUAGAAGAAUAGAGAAAAGGCUAUGCCUCUAAUUUUUAAGCCCUUAGGCUUAGUUUGUUUUUUCGGGUUUUGUUUUCAUUUUGGAUUUUUUUUUUCAUAUUUUUUUUGGAAGCAGGUGUUUUUAAGGUUUAACCUUUUUCAGGGACAAAUACUGACUGUUGGGGAACUUACUCUGCAAUAUUAAAAAUAAAACUUCAUGCUCGGGUAGGGCUUGGAUGGUUGAAUUUUAUUGCCUUGUCUGCACAUUCAGCCCCCUCCCCCUACUUCUCUGUUUUUUGAAACGUUUGUCCUUUCUUUGUCUUUAUGUGUAUUAACAUUACGCAAUAAUUUUGAGGGCAAGGCAAGUAGUGAGUGUGUAUGAUGAAGUCUCCAUGCAGAGAUACUGAAUUGUAUGAGGGCUGGGGAGAGAUGAAAACAUGGAGUUUUGUUUGAGGGGAGACAAUGACCACACAACUCUGCUCAUCUGCCAUGUGGGAACAAGUAAUGAAAGGGCUUAUAUUUAUGUUGACGGGGUGAAUUUACAAAUGUGUGUGGAAGAACUGACUUGUUGUGACCAUACCUGUUUUGCAGUGCACAAUCCUAUAAACGGAUUGAAAGCUUUGCAAUAAGGCCAUAUUUUAUUUUGUUUUGCUUUGCUUCUAUUAGAAAACAUUGGUAUCAUAGGCCAUAAGCUUGAGGUGACUUUCAGACUCAAAGCUUUCAAGGGGCUGGCAUGUGUGCCAGUUUGUUUUAAGGGCCUUAUCCCCUAUCUGCCUGCCAGACAUUCUGAAGCAAAGGCGGCAGAAGAGGCUGCAGUUGGAAGGGCAAAGAAAUCCCUUAAGUAUAUGCAAGCAUGUAUUGUUGGAUCUGAAAUGCUUAAUAGAAAUGGUGGCAAUAGUUAUGCUGUUUUGGAGAGCUGGUAUUUUGCUUGGGGGUGUUUUGGCUGGAAGGAGAAAUGUGGAAAACAUUUUAAGGAAUACCAUUUAGCUGAUAUAAAAAUUAUAUUCCAUGCAGUGCAUACAGAGUGAACAGAGUUAACAGAUCUGUGAAAUAUGGAGUGUCGAAUGAGAUUUGGUCCAUCGGCAAUUUCAUCAUGGUUUACUGGUUUUGUCAAUACAUUUUACAUGUAGACAAAGAUAGGAAGAAUUCAAUAUCCACCUUUGUUCACACACCACUACACCACCCCCAUAACACUUACCUAAAAAGGAACAAUAACAUUUCAUAGAACUAAAGAGAAAAGAAACCGUGUCAAUAAAUCUAACAAGUUUUCUCUCUGUACAACAGUGCCAUAUACAUAUCCUUGUUCAUAUUACCAGGGAGGAAGGUCAGGGCAUAGCAAAUCUUAUGAGAUAUGAAAAGAUGUUUUUGCCUGUUUAGGGGAAUGAACACAAUAUGCCACCAUAAGGAUUGUACAUUAACACCUGGGAGGAUACUGAACUCUGAUUAUAGUUGCUUAAUUGACAGUAUUAUUGCACUCAGUAACUAUUGUGCUGUAUACAGAGCACCAGUGGAUUAUCGGUAUGAUUCAGUAGAAGUCUAUAUUGUGACUCAAUCCUCUUCUGGGUUGCUAAUUGAAUCUGAUCAACAGAAGCUGAAUGAUGGACUUGGCAAGAAUGAUGGCUUUGUAUUGGGCCACAAUUCUUCAUCCAGAUAGGCUUUGCUUAAGCUCUUGCCUCCUUUGCCCCAGUGGAGAUAUUCAAGAUUUCAGAUGUGGAUUCAGAAUACAGCCCUAUAUUCUGCCUGCCUAUCUUCCAAGAAAUAUACCUGGACACUACUGAUAUUGGACAGGUACACUUCAAGUCACAAUACAGAUUCAAGUGCCAUUGUACCUGCCUGUUCCCCAUAUGCAUGCAGGGAGGACAGUCCCCUUGGGAUUAUAUUCUCCUCAUCCCAUUGGAAAUGAAGUGGAGGUCUGGUUUCAUUACUGCCAUUCCUUUUGACAAGGUUUCUACAGAGGAAAACUUUAAUAUGACUUGAUGUCUCAUGUCUUGAAAGCAUUUCAUACAAUUAAUAUCCCAUUCUAGUCUGCCUUGCUUUCCUUUGACUGGAAACACACCAUUCGUUCAUUUUGUCUGUACAAAGUGUAAAACUAGAAUAAUACAAAUUAUUUUAGUAGUUCCUUCUGAUUCAGUGCUUACUAGCAAAAAUGUUUUGUGUACAAUAAUUCGGUUUCAUUUGUUUUCUACUGUAGCAUUUUGUUUUACUGCUACUAUUUCCCAGUUUUUCUUAAUGGGACUGCCCUCAAAAUACUUUUAAAAUAUACCAGCACUGAACAUUUUGAAAAAAAUGGAUCUUGGGAAAAUACAUAACAAGAUUCAGCCUUCCAGGAAGAAAAAAACCAAGAUUUUUUUUAAGGACAUCAAUUUAUCCAAUAUAUCUUCCUCUAUUAUUCCUACGACUAAAUUGAAGAUUGAAAGUCCUUGGGCAUGCAGGCUUUUUGCAGGUAAUACAGAGCCAAAUAUUCAGAUCCACAUUCACAUCGUACAGUAUUUGUAUGUGCAUUUUCAUCCUGGGUUUCAUUGCGGGGAUUAUCAUCUAUGAGUGGAAGAACUGUCCCAUUGUGGAUGUCACAAAAGGUGAUGUGAAUGUUUAAUAGUUAAACGUGUAGUGUUUACAACAGGGGUGGGAAACCAGUUCAAGUGGCAGACCAGAUUUCCCCCUCCACCCAACAUCUCCAUGAACCGCAUGUUGUCAAUUUGUCCAUGCACCCCCACAUCACAGGCUCCUUGGUUGAAACACUCAAGAAGUACCAAUUUCAUUCUCCCACCACCACUCCAACUCAGACAAGAUAAGGCUGGCACUGUAAUCACAAUUAAUCUUUCUACCAAAAUGAGAUAUUGGGUUAAAAUUGGGGAGGAGAGCAUUGUAAAAAAAUGUGUCACUUAAGUAUCUUUAUUAAAUAUUUAAUUCAUAGUUCAAACUCUUUGAAAUUAUGGAAGGUGCUGAAAUCUUGGCUUCUCUCUCAUACAGCCACUUCUUCGCUUCACAAAAAAUCUUGUCAUUUGUAACAAUAAUAUUAAUAAUUAAUAAUAAUAUAGAAAAUAAUAAAUUAUCUAAAUUUAAUUGCUAGUCUCAGUUAGAUUAUACCUACUGACUCAAUUGUUGAAUAGUAAUUCAAUAUUUACAUAAAUCCUGCUGAUUCAUUCAGUCUAUUCCUUUUGGGACUAGCACUUUGACUUAGGUCAGUAAUCCCAGCAUUAUGUUCCAUGGUGCUAUAUUUCUAUUCCAUGAUGCCAAAGUGAAAUUAAACCAGUUGAGUCCUUCAUAGACUUCUGCUGCACUGAUGUUCUUAUUCCCAUUCACUCUGAGUGAUGGACUCUGUUCCUCUCUGCCACUGCCAUUUUGAAAAUAGUGGGGGAAGAAUUCAGUUUUCUAUGUUCUUUCUCACAGAGGUCCAUGUGUACAGUGAAAGCUUUUGGAUUAGAGCUAAGGUGAGCACAUCCUCAUAUUACAAUUAUUCCUUUUUUGAAAGAGGGAACCUUAAAGCAUACAAAAUGGUAGCACAAUACUGAUUUGUGACCCUUAGGUCAGUUGUUGACACUUGCAAGUAGUUGUUUUUCCACUCACUCAGGCCAUCUGCCUUUGAAUUGGAUACUAGCAAGGUGAUUUGGAAGCCAGAUAACUUACUUUGUAAAAUGUAGGCACUUCUGUUAAAAUGCUGCAGUGCACACAGUAAUACAAAUUAUUGGGAUGUGAAUUGCCUGAAAUAGUUGAAUAAAUAUAUUUUUGCAUAUAAAAAAGUUGAUUUCAACAAGAAAAUUAGCAAGGUGAGACUCAUUUGCUUGGCUUCUGAGUAAAUCAUUUCCAAGUUUUAAGUGUUUGGUUAUUGUUUUUGUUUUUAAAAUAUCCUUCUAUCCUCAGAUCCAGAGCCAUUUAUUCUCUUAGUUGAGUAGUAGUUAAGUGCGUGGAUUUGUUUUUUACAACUUUCUCUGAAAUUUGUAAAACACUGUUAUGCACAUAAAUGCAGCACUGUGAUCUAAUUUAAAUAACUUUAUUGUUUAUAUGAAUAUUACUUAAUAUUUUGCUACAGUGAUAACCUUCCGCCAACCUUGGGCCACCUUCUUGCUUUCUACUGUAGAGAAUUAAAAGCUGUUGUGAACAACACCAUUUUGUUUUUCCUAUAAAUCAAUCAAUUGUUUUGAUUGUGUUUUUUAAAAGUUGGAUUUUAUAAGUAUUUCCAGAAUAUUCUGUGCCACCGUCUGUAUGAACUUUGUUCUGGUUCCUGUUAUAACCCUCUCCCUCCCCCUUACUUUUGUUCUUGGUAGGAAAAAGGUAUCCUUUUUGAUACUCAUUAUCUUAAAUUAAAGCAUAGACUCAUAUAUGCAGUUGCUUUCCAGUGCUAUUCUAUCAGUGCAAUCUUUCAACAGUUCAACAGACAAUUUGCUUCACGGAUCCCAGCUCCUAUACUACACCUCCUCAAAAGAAUUCUUUUAAUAAACUCUUGUCUAUGGUGCUGUAUUUUGUUGGUCUACUUUUAAAAUCACAAAAUAAAAAUUUAAUGCAGACUUAUUCAUGAAUCAUUUCAAGCCACCAGCUCCUCUUCCUCUUCUUCUUUCUCCUCUUCUUCCUCUUAUUCUUCCUCUUUUUUGACACUAUUCCUAUUACUUAUAUAUAUGUAUUAUCUAAAAAAAAAUUUCUUUUCACUGUACUGUAUUUUCAGAGAAAUACAGGGGAAAAUGUUUAGUUUUCUUACAAUUCUGCUAAAACCAGGCUAGUGCUAAGAACCCCACUGGGACUGCAUCCACAAUACAGAAAUAAUCUAGGUUAGCACCACUUUAACUGCCAUGGCUCAAUGCUAUACAAUCCUGCAAAUUGUAGUUUGUUGUGACACCAGAGCUGUCUGUCAGAGAAGGCUAAAUGUCUCACAAAA